CUCCUACUUCAUCCUUCCCUCCCUCCCUCCCUACCUCACUCACAUCACCGAUCGAUCACAUAUCAUUAUUACUCCCACUACACAACUGUUUACCUACUUCUCCUCGCCCCCUAGCACCGGCAACAGGCAUUCCUCUUCCGCUGCGCGUACUUUCAAGACAUCGACUCAACAACAUCCCGGUCGCAACUUCCAAAUUCGCUUCACCGCCAUUAUCGUCCCCCACACCCUACCUCUUCCCUGCCUCGCUUCUCCCACCGGAACAUCAAACCAACAACGAACUACAACUACUACAACAACCCUUCCUCCUCCCACCCCAAGGCCAAAAAUAUGGCGGGGUUUCAGAUGAACAAUUUCUACAGACCAUCACAACUCUCCGUCGAUGCACAAAACGAGAGGUUUUUCGACGACGACGACGCCAGCAUCCUCGACGAGAACAUCUUGGACGGUAGCGCUCUCGAUUCCGGCCUCGACAUGUCCCCCUCCAUGAGCAGGCGGGACUCCUACGCCCUAUUUUCCCCAAAGACAGAAGACUGGCAACACGUCGAGAUGCAGCCCAGCAACUCGAAUAACCCGUUCGGCGAGCACAACCCGAACAACCCGUUUCUCAACAUGGGCCAGGCGAGCAAUAACUACCCGCAACAACAACCCCACAACGGCUGGUCGCUACCGAACACUUCAGGGUCCUGCACCUCGAUGCAGACCUUUGACGGCCUACCUGCAGAGUUUCAGAGCAACCCCGGCUUCAGGACAGCGCCCGUACACACUCUCUUCGGCAAUGGAGCGACGCAACCGUCGCUGUUCUCGCCUGCCAGCACCGUCGUGGAGUCCAUGCCAGCGUCACCCCAGAAGGACUGGGCCGUACCGGAGAGCAUGGAGCACCGCGCGAUGCCUAAGCGCAUGCGACCAGGCAGUCCAGGGCUGCGCUCGCAUUCGCCGUUGAUGCGACGGGACGGUAUUCGCAAGAAGAACGCCCGCUUCGAUAUCCCGGCCGAGCGCAACCUCUUGAACAUCGAUCACCUGAUCCAGCAAUCGACCGACGAGGGCGAGAUCAAGGAGCUCAAGCAACAGAAGCGCCUCCUGAGGAAUAGGCAAGCAGCUCUCGACUCGCGGCAACGCAAGAAGCAGCACACCGAGCGUCUGGAAGACGAGAAGAAGCACUACACCGCCCUUCUCACCGAGCUCGAAGAGGAACUCGCAGACGUCAAGAUUGCGCUCGAUGCCUGCACGCGCAAGGAGGCUCAGUACCAGCAGUACAUCGAGAACCUCCGUAUGGAGAAGGAGGAGAUGCUGCGCGCACACACGAUCGAGACGGGCGAGUUACGCAAGAAGGUCAGCGUGCUGAGUGACCAUGUCACCAAGCUUGAGGGUGCUGCGCUUGCACAACCCCAGCAACAGCAGGCCUUCCCGAGCGACUUUGCCGACAUCGACGCGCUCACCAUGGAUGGAGCGUGGGACGGAAUCUCCUUCCUGCACGACUUCCCCGCCUCGCCUACCAUCAAGGCCGAAAACCCGUCGCAGGCCCUCACCGUCUCCAAGUCAGGCGACUCACCCACCGUCCUGUCCGACGCCGAUAAGCCUGCUGCACAAGGCCUCCUCCUCAUGCUUCUCCUCUUCGGUGCCUUUGUGGCAUCGAAGGGCUCUUCGCCGGCUAUCCCGCGCAUGUCUGACGACGUUCGUGCUGCCUCUGCCACCAUCCUCUCCGACAUCCUCCACGAUGCCGGCGUAUCCGCUUCUGCCGUCAUGCCUGCCGGUGCCAUGUCCUCUGUCGCUGCAUCCGCACAGGCACACGCGCAGGGACACGCAGACUGGACACAGCCAUCGCACGUCUCACUCGCCGACCUCGAUCCAUCGCCACUCGCCGCAUACGCAGACUCUCUCACCGCCCCGUCCGCACAACAACAGCACGAGCAACUAUUCUCGUUGUCUGCCGCACAGUACAACGCCGCGGCCUCUCCGUCCUUCUCCGCCGCCCCGGCGCCGAGUAGUAGCGCCGGCCGCCGCAAUCUCGCUGACAGCUUGGCUGCCAUGCGAGAGGGUGCGCGGGCGGGGAAGACGGAGGUGUAUACGCGUAGCUUACUGUGGGAGCAGGUGCCGCGAGAUGUUGUGAGGCGGUUUGCAAGGCUGGUAGAGGAAUGCGAGGCUGGAGGUGGCGAGGAGUGCGAGACUCUCGGUUGAGCGGUGAUGCACUCACCCAUAGGCUCGACUAUAUCGGCCAAACUCCCAACUCUUCUUCUUUUGUUACACACCACCACGACACGAUAUGAUCACGAAGAUAAACGCCCACGCACACGCCCCUCAUGUCCUCGGUCUCUGAACCGACAGUUCUUUUACUCUUUAUGUUAUCCAGCGAAACCAGCGAGCGCGCGUUGAUUUUUUGAAUUUUGCCAUCGAGCACCAAAUUGUCCAGAAAUAGUUUUACUCAUUUGAAUUUUCCUCCAUUUUCCUUGCCUGCACAAAUUGUCCACCCAUAACAUCUUGUCACACCCAAUCAUGUCUUUAGCUAUGGAUAUCUGAGUUUCUGUUUUAGUUAGUUUACUGCAUUUAGCGCAUAGGCCGGUUUUGGUUUUUUGGAGAUUAACCCUUACUUUUUUCCCCGUUGGUUACGGAACGGGCGGUUGGGUAGGGAAGGGAAACGGCGGGAAUGGCACACGGGAAAUAGGCCGGGGGGUUGGGAUGGGGGGAAUCACGAAAUGGACUGGAAUGGAAUGAAAUGAAAUGAAAAGAUUUACACGAGCAUAUCACGGCCUCACAGCACACCACACACAAACACACGCAAAUACCAUUUUCUUCCGUCCCGUCGUCUACGAAGUUUCAACAAACAUUCUACUUUUUCCAAAACUCUCUUCUCUUUUCUAACGAAACGAACCCCCUUUUUAUUUACGAUGAUGAACGAAAUGAAAAGAUGAUGACGAUUAUGCCACGAGUACAGUACAGCCUGGGAUUUUGAACAGAAACAGGAGGAGGUAUGGGAUGAAUUUAUGACGUGAUGAAUGAAUCAUCAUGGGCGAUGACUGCAUGAAGAGAGACGCAGUUUUCUUGGGAGGGAGAGGGUGCUUCCUUCCCUGGCGAGUUUGAGGGGGGUUGGCUUGCCUCCUCGGGAGAAGGUGAGGAGGGCAGGAGAGUUGUGGAUGAGAAGGAGUUGUGACACGAGGCACGGAAGAGAUGAUGGUAACGGUGAUAUUAUCAAUAUCUCAAUCUACUCCUAACAUAUCUAAUUUCAAACACCACUUUUUACACACACACACACACAUUCAAAAUCAUCCGCGUGGUUUCUUCAGAAGUGUGAGAUUUUAGCCAAAAAUAGAAAGAAUCCUUGGUGGUGAAGAAAUAUAAGCAGAGCGAGCGAGUGAGCGGGGAUCCCACGCGUUCCACCCACCCACGCACUCAACUCACUGUUGUGACAAUGCAACGAGCAUACCAUAACCACACCUAAACACACUACACACAUCACAACAUAGCAGAGUACACACACACAGCACACAGCACAGUAGGGGAAGCUCACCCCCACCAUACCCUUACGAC